CCCCAGUUUUAGCCAACAGAAAGUAGAAACCCCGCGAACCCUCCAGAAAAGGUUCAUCAACCGACUCAUCUUCUCUCCCCCAAUAAAACUCCUCCCCCAACAAAAACACCAUCGAAAUCAAACAACAUUCUCAACCCGAUCGGAAACCAAUCUAAACGGAAAAUCAUGUUCUUCUUCUUCGUGGGCGGCGUGGAGCAGCAGGUGCGCCAGCUGCUCAAGGCCAGGGCCGGGCGCUGCAUAAGCUGCGGCUCGCGCGCCGACCUGGUCGAGUACGAGAAGGUGCUGAAGCUGUUCUUCGUCCCCGUGUGGCGGUGGCCCGGCAGAGAGCACCUCAUGUACUGCGACAGCUGCAAGCUCUUCUUCCCGCCGGAGCUCUCUCCUCCGCCGCCGCCGUCCUCCGGCGAGGCCCCGCGGCGGCGGCUGCGCGGGUCGGAGGUUCCGGAUGCGCUUCGGUGCGGGUUUUGCUCUCGGGAGGUUGAUCCUGAGUUUAGGUUUUGCCCCUUCUGUGGAAAUGCCCUGUGAUUCUCUCUCUAUUCGCUGGAUCUGGUGAAGAGAGAGAGAGAGUGGAACUUAGGGUUUAGGGUUUUUCGUGUGGUACUAGACUGCUAGUGGUGAUGUUUGUACGGUGGAAUGCGGCUUAAAGGAUGGGAUUUAAAUAAAUUUUCUGGUAAUUGGAGUUUUGGUUAUGGUUUAGUUGGUAACUUGGUAUAGAAUUUGAAUUAAAUUUCACCGAA